CCAAAUUCUCCAAAUCCAAAUGAAUCCAAUCCUUUGGAGUUUUUUUUUAUCCAAUUGCUUUCUUGAAGUUCCUCCUUCCCUCUUCCCAAAUCCAUUCCCCCCAAUUCAAUGGCUUCAUCCUUCAUUUCAUGUCACCACAGCUAUUCUUCCUCAAUCUCACCUUCCACGCUCAAGCCCACAAAACGCAGUCCUUUGUUCAGAUUCAUCCGGUCUGCUCGUCCGACGCUCUCCUACACUUGCCGCCGCUCUGCUCCGCCGCGUUUUUCUCGGAAAAAUUCUCCUCCGUUUCGACUCUCCGUUCAUAAUCAGAGGGACGACGAGGAAGGCGAGUUGUUUUCCAGGUUGAAGAAAUGCGCCAUUUCUGUACUGCUAGCUGCAGGCUUGUUGUUAAGUGGAUUCCCAGGGGGGCAAGCAGGCGCCAGCAGUCAGCCAGCGUUGCCAGAUUUGUCUGUGUUGAUAUCUGAGCCUCCGAUUAAGGAUCCGGGGGCCCUGUUGAGAUAUGCAUUACCUAUUGACAACAAAACUAUAAGAGAAGUUCAAAGGCCCAUUGAAGAAAUCACUGAGAGUCUCAAGCUGCCUGGUCUCAAAUCCCUUGGUUCUGCUGAGAGAAAUGUAAGGCAGGCAUCCCAGGUCCUCAAACAGGGGAAGACUUCGAUUAUUUCAGGAUUGGCAAAGUCAAAGGUUGAACAUGGGACUGAAAUGCUUGACAAACUUGAAGUUGGUUUGGAGGAGCUUCAAAAAAUCAUCGUUGAGGAUAAGGACCGGGAUGCUAUUGCUCCCAAACAGAAGGAAUUGCUUAACUAUGUCGGAAAUGUUGAAGAGGAUAUGGUAGAUGGUUUCCCAUAUGAAGUGCCUGAAGAGUAUCAAAAUAGGCCAUUUCUAAAGGGAAGAGCGAUCGUUGACAUGAAGGUCAAAGUUAAGGAAAACCCCAACCUUGAUGAAUGCAUCUUCCGUAUUGUUCUAGAUGGUUAUAAUGCUCCUGUUACUUCUGGGAAUUUUUUGGAUUUGGUUGAAAGGCAUUUCUAUGAUGGCAUGGAGAUUCAAAGAGCUGAUGGCUUUGUAGUACAAACCGGUGAUCCUGAAGGCCCAGCGGAAGGUUUUAUUGACCCCAGCACGGAGAAAACACGAACUAUACCUCUUGAAAUUAUGGUGAUUGGGGAGAAAGUACCACUUUAUGGCUCCACCUUGGAAGAGCUUGGUCUAUUUAAGGCACAAACGAGGCUCCCAUUCAAUGCUUUUGGGACAAUGGCCAUGGCUAGAGAUGAAUUUGAGAAUAAUUCCGGGUCAAGUCAAGUAUUUUGGCUGCUGAAAGAAAGUGAGCUGACCCCUAGCAAUGCCAAUAUCUUGGAUGGACGCUAUGCGGUGUUUGGGUAUGUGGUAGAAAAUGAAGAAUUGUUGGCAGAUCUCAAAGUUGGAGACGUCAUCGAAUCUAUGCAAGUAGUCUCUGGCCUCGACAACCUUGCCAACCCAACCUAUAAGAUUGCCGGUUAGUUAUGAUGGCUCACUUGAACUAAAUUAUGGAUUAUUUCAACCUUUUUUGAAACCGAGAGGACUCGUUUUCCUUUUAGCCUCGCUUUUUUUUCAUUCUCUUGGUUAAUUUGUAAGAUUGUUAUUUUUUUUCACCUUCACAACAUCGUCAUCCAAUUAACGGUUGUAGAGAUCAGUGCAAUGCAGCAGAAAAUUCUUUCUUUUCUUUGCUUGGUACUCUCCCCCCUAUCUAUCGUUUUUUGGUAAAUUAUCAGUAGAAUGAAAUUGUGCCAUUGAG